AUGACUGACGGAUUGACCCAAGUCGUUAUCUCCCCCGAUGAAGGAUCCCUCUUUCCACCUGUUUCCUACGAGGUUCUGCCAUACGGGUUUCUCCUGAAUAAGUUCAUCACCAAUCCGGAUGGGAAGACGCACGACCUGGUAAUUGGUCCCCACGAUAUCGCGGAGCAGUAUCGGAGGUUCUUAAAUCCCAUUAUUGGGCGCUACAGCAACCGUAUACCUGCUGGAGAACACCACAUUGAAAAAAAUGACGUUCGAGCAUUAGUUAGCGCCAUUGCCAAUGAAGGGGGAAAGGUGUCACUCCACGGGGGCCCUGAAGGCUUUGACAGACACGCAUUCACUCAACUACCGUCCCUUUCCGAUUCGCAGCUCUUCACUAAGGAAGAGAUUACUUCCAUUACGGAAAAGGCUGGCAUAGGGCAAGAAGCUGCAAUCUUUGCUAACACAAGUGCCCAUGGUGACCAGGGAUUUCCUGGUGAGCUUUAUGUGGAGGCGCUUUUCUUGACGAUCCCUGCAUCCAAGGAGUGGGAGCCAGUUACAUAUAGACGUUCGCUUGGUUCACUUAUCAUCAACUACCGGGCAAUUUUGCGUGCGCCCGAUGGGUCUUCCACCAUCAUAUCACCAGUGAAUCUCACUCAGCAUUGGGGAUUCAACCUCGACGCAUCCUAUGCCAAAGCUGGCGAGUCGACUCCAGACGUGAAAGACCACAAUCUGUAUAUUCAGUCUUCCCGCAUUCUUGAAGGAGACAGCAAUCUACUUCCAACCGGUAAGCUUCUAGACAUCAGAGGCGGACCAUUUGAUUUUACUGGUCUGGAUACAACCAUUGGGGCCAAGUACCCUGAUCCUGGUUACGACCACUUCUGGUUAUUUGACGAGCCUCACGAACCUACUCAUUUCGCCAAGUCAAAGCUUGGGUCGACAGAUCUCAUAACACCCCUGUUUGCUGCCCUCCCUCCAAAAGUUAGGCUUUCAUCGAAGCGCAGUGGUUUUGAUUUCCACGUCACAACAAAUCAACGGGGCGUGCAAUUUUACUCGGGAAUUGGUUUAGACGGCAGUGGUACCCGGAAACCGAUUCAUGGUGGCUCAGCUGACGGCGUAGGUUAUACGCAAGCGACAGCUGCCUUCUUGGAGUUCCAUGCCCCUCAUUCUGCGUUUCUCCACAAGUUUGGAGAUCCUGCUCAAGCUAAGCCUGGAGAUGACACUAUACUCACUUCAGAUGAGCUUUAUAAUCACUGGGUGAGGUUAGACAUAUGGCACACGCCUAAUGUAGGCGAAGAAGAGCCCUGA